CACAGUCAACGCCGCAUCGUCCCGCAUCGCAGAUCAUUUAUUUAUCUUAUAGGUGCCAAUAGUUUCAUGAAUACCCCAACCUUGAUGUGGCUUGCACAGACUGGUUCACACUGCUCCGCAAAGAAUAUGCCAACAAUGUUUAUCGAUGAUGGAUUCAUCCAAGUUGGCCGAUUGCCAAUAUGCGCCCAGAUAGUAUGUCAGCUCUCAGGCAUCAACAGAUACUACAUCCCUCUAUUCCCUCUGGAGGUAGAAGCUGCUCCUAGUUGGUGUCCUAAGUCCUUUUUGUCGCCAUACCCUCCAGUACUCUCCUCAUAUUCCAUUUUUGUUGCCAGAGUCGAAUCUCAGCCGCGCGUCACAUUCAGUCAAAGGCGAACGAUAUUGAGCAAGGAUUUGUAUUCGAUUGUAACCCCAAACCUGCCAUGUUAUAUCGCUUUCCAUGGAGUUCACAAUCAUUCGUCCCGGUUACUAAGCAUAUGAGCCAAAUCGAGGGUACACAGCCCAACACUACCU